ACGUGAUCCGAGUUGGCAGGAGUCUGGGAGACAGUCGUGCGGACAGAACGGAGGAGGAGAUGGCUGCACGACGCUGGACCACGGGUCUGCUGGCUUUGAUUGGCAUCCUAGCGGCACUGACGAGCUGCGACACUGUUCCGUGGCAGGAGGAAAAGCUGAAACAUGAAGCAACCACACUGAGCUCCAGUGAACUGAGCAGUGUUGUAUCUCGUACCGAUCUGGACCGGAUGUGGCAGAAAGACCUGAAGCCCAUGCUUGUUGUGCGCUAUCCUGGUUCAACUGGAAGCCAACACGUUCAGCAGCAUAUUAAAUCAACCCUCGGCUCGAUGAAAGCGGGAUGGGAAGUGACAGAGGAUGCCUUCUAUGCUCAUACGCCUUACGGCCAUCUUCCCUUUACCAACAUAAUUGCAACUCUCAACCCUGAGGCCAAACGUCAGUUGGUUCUGGCCUGCCACUUUGACUCCAAAUACUACCCUCCACAGUGGGACGGCCGUGAGUUUCUUGGAGCAACGGAUUCUGCUGUUCCCUGCUCUAUGAUUUUGGAACUGGCAAGAGCCCAAGAUGACGAACUAAAGACCCUGAAGGAUUCUGGGUCAGACGUGUCACUUCAGCUCCUCUUCUUUGAUGGAGAGGAGGCACUUUACCAGUGGACCUCUGAAGACUCUCUGUACGGCUCCCGUCAUUUAGCCCACAAAAUGGCGACAACAGCACAUCCACCGGAAGCCACCAACACCAGCCAGCUCGACGGCAUUGAUUUGUUUGUUCUACUGGACUUGAUUGGAGGUCCAAAUCCUCGCUUCGGUAAUCAGUUCUCCAGUACGACCCGAUGGCUUUCAAGACUACAAAAUAUUGGGGUCCGGAUUCUUCAUCUUAUUUCGACUCCUUUUCCUGCGGUGUGGCACACCUUUGACGACAACGAGGAGAACCUGGAUCGAACCUCCAUCAGCAACCUCAACAAGAUCCUGCAGGUCUUUGUUCUUGAGUACCUCAACAAGAGAAGUCAGAACCCUAUCGCUGAAGGCUCCUAA